AUGAAGACGGGCGUGAUCAUCUUGUCCGUCGUGGUAGCGGUUUUUGGGGUGGCAAGCGCUGUGCUGGGGUUGAUCGCCGAGGGCGCCAAGCUCACGCCGAAUGACAUCAAGAUAUCCAGAAACGAGUGCGUGUACCCUGACAACCCGGCAUACGCACUGGGGCUAGUGGCGGCCCUCCUGCUGCUGGUGGCCCAGAUCACCGCCUCCGCCGUCGGCGGCUGCUGCGGCUGCUGCAAGCCUCGGGGCGCCGGCUUCUCCGGGUCCAAGCGUUCCAGGUCCAAGAGGGUCAUUGGCCUUGGCGCCCUUCUCUGCCUCGUCUCAUGGAUAGCAGCGUUGAUCGCGGAGUGGUUCUUCUUGCAAGGUGCGUUCGGGAAUGCCCCCAUGACCCGCAGAACUCCACAGGGCCAGGGAUGUACCUACCUCAAGGACGGCGUCUUCAGGAUGGGCGCCAUUCUGAGCAUCCUCGCCACCGUGCUCGGGAUCAUAUCUUACAUCGUGCUUUACGUGGCGAUGGCGGCGGCGGCGGGUGCUGGUACUACCGCUACCCUGGGCGCCGUGGCGGGGCCGUCGUCGGCGGGCGAGACCAAGCACGACGGCAUCGCGAUCGGCCAGCCUGCUGUCGCUCAACAGCAGUCGCAAGCGGUGUAG